CGGGCAGAGGGCAGCGGGCGGUGGGCAGCGGGUGGGCAGCGAGCGGCAGUGCCUGGAUGCGGACUCCGGACCUGGAGCCGGGAAGCCGCGCUCGGGCCAGAGGCUCCCGGCGCCCCGAUCCGCCCCGGACUUUCGCCACGAGCCCGGCCUUCGCCCGCGCCCUAAGAUGAAGAGAGCGAUUGCGGGAGGAAGCCGACUGCUGAUCCUGGUCCUGGGCCUGGCCCUCCCGCCUCGCGCCUCGUCCUGCCCGCCGGCCUGCGUGUGCUACCGCGAGCCCAUGGUGACGGUCAGCUGCCAGCAGCAGGGCCUGACGGCCGUGCCCGCCGACAUCCCCGCCCACAGCCAGCGCAUCUUCCUGCACCGGAACCGCAUCUCGUCCGUGGGCGCCGCCAGCUUCGCCGCCUGCUGCCGCAACGCCACCAUCCUGUGGGUGCACUCCAACAACCUCAGCCGCAUCGAGCCCGGGGCGCUGGCCGGCCUGGCCCGCCUGGAGGAGCUGGACAUCAGCGACAACCGCCAGCUGCGCACGCUGGACCCGGCCGCCUUCCGCGGGCUGGGCCGCCUGCGCACGCUGCGCGCCGACCGGUGCGGGCUGCUGGAGCUGGCGCCGGGCCUGUUGCGCGGCCUGGGCUCGCUGCGCUACCUCUACCUGCAGGACAACGCGCUGCGGCGCCUGCCCGAGGACGCCUUCCUGGACCUGGCCGGCCUGGCCUACCUCUUCCUGCACGGCAACCGGCUGCAGAGCCUGCCCGAGCACGCCUUCCGCGGGCUGCGGGGCCUGGACCGCCUGCUGCUGCACGAGAACCGCAUCGCCCAGGUGCACCGCCGGGCCUUCCGCGGCCUGGGCCGCCUGCUGACCCUCUACCUGUUCAACAACAGCCUGAGCGAGCUGGCGGGCGAGGCGCUGGCCCCGCUGCAGUCGCUGCAGUACCUGCGCCUCAAUGCCAACCCCUGGGUGUGCGACUGCCGGGCCCGCUCGCUCUGGGCCUGGCUGCGCCGCUUCGGCGGCUCCUCCUCGGAGGUGGAGUGCCGGCGGCCCGCGCACCUGGCCGGCAGGGACCUCAAGAGUCUGGCCGAGGCCGAGCUGGACGGCUGCGCCGACCCCGGCGGAGGGGGAGGCGGGGGCGACGCGGGGCUCGGCGGCGGCCUCGACCCGCUGCUCAAGUGCUGCCGGCCCCAGCCCGAGACCGAAAAGUCCUUCCUCUACGAGGCCUCCGGGCCGGCGGCGCCCCUCGGCCCGAGGCCGGGACCCUCCCCGCGGCCCGCCAAGGAGAAGGAGAACAUGGCCAAGCCCCCGCCGCCCCGCAACGCCACGCACAAGCAGAUCAACGACUCGCCCUUCGGCACGCCGCCCGGCCGGCCGGAGCCCCCGCGCACGGCCCCCGCCUCGGCCCCCGCGCCGCCCCGGAGGCGCCCGGCCUGCUCCCGGAGGAACCGCACCAAGCCGCACUGCCGCCUCCCGCAGCCCGGCAACGGCUCCGCCGCCCGCCUGGGGCCCGGCCUCCGCCUCCUCAUCCUGCCGCUCGGCUGGAGCCUGCUGGCCGGCUGCUGACCCCCCUGCCCCCCGGCCCCGGGGACGGGCCUGCCCCGAGGACAGGCUCCCUCCCCGCCCCCAUUCCGGGCGCGACCCCGGGCCCCGCCCUGGGAAAGGCCACCUCCCCGGGGUCACGCCCCCAGAGCGGGCCACGCCCUCGGACGGGCCACGUCCCCCGGUCCAAGCCCUCGGAACGGCCAUAUCUCUAGGGACAAGCCCCCAGGCCAGGCCACGUCCCCCGAGCCGUGCCCUCCGACGGGUCACCACCUCCGGCCCACGUCCUCAGAACGGGCACGUCCCCGGGACGUGCCCCUUGACCGCGCCCUCCGACGGGCCACGUCUCCAGACCCGGGAGCGCCCCGUCCCGCCGCCGCCAGGGCAGAUACCUGGAUCGGAGUGAUGUCCCAGGGGGCCGAUGAAGUAGAUCCCUCCGUCCCUGCCCGUCCCCCACACAACCCUCCACCCCCGUUCACCCGCCCCCCAACCAGGACACCGUGGGUGGAGCGUGGAGUGGGAUUUGCCAGUCCUACUCCUCCCCCCCGCCAAAAAAUAGGUCACCUAACAACCGUCCCCGCCUUCCAGGAAAGGCUCCGGGGAGGGCGCCGGGAGGUCCCCUCCGCCCGGUCCGGGUCACCGGCCCCCACCCUGGCUCGGUGCCCACCGCUCCCCAUGCCCGGCUCUCCAUGUUUACAGGGGCAUUUGUUGAAGAAUGCUGCCGUCUCUUCUACGAGGAUUGCAGUAGAGAUAGAUAUGCAUUUUAUUUUCCUUGUGUAAAAGUAUGGGAAAAAAAUAUAAAAUAAAGAUUUCUUUUUUCUA